AUGGAAAUGGAUUAGUCGCUAAGCUUCAUUUAUUUGCACACAAAAGUUUUAUCCACUCAUCAGAAAGUUUUACCCGCUCAAAAGGAAGUACUGUAGGCUGGGACGAAGCUGUUGUGUUUGCUUUAUUAGAUUUUGUCCGUUUGGGGGCUCUCUUCCUCUUUUUUGUGUUGUUAGAAGACAUUUUAGGAGUGGUGUUGGGAUCAGUCUCUUCCUGCACACAGAAGUCUUCCCGUCAGAAAGAACAAAGUGUUUCCAGUGAAUCUGAGCUCUGAGGGAGUAAAGAAAGGGUUAACUCUCUUCCUGUUCUCAAACCUGUUUCUACUCGCCUCUCAAACAUUUCAAACUUUCAGCCCGAGGGUCUCGGUUGGUUUACGACACUGAAAAGACUCAGCAGAGUUCCGGUUUGAGUCUCUCUCAGCUUGGAGCUCCGUCAUGAUCGUCUCCAGGUUUCUCUGCAGAUUUGGUCCUGGACCUGUGAGACUACGAGUCUACCCGGUCGGGUCAGUUUGGUCGUCCUGUGUUGUUUCCAGAUACAGCAGUCGGCCUCCAACCAAAGAUGCAUAUCUUCACUACAGCUUCGGUCGCCCCGUCCUCUCUCUCCGCCUCCCCGCAGGUCAGCAGUAUCGCUUCACUCUCACGCCCAUGUUGACCACGGUGGGCGACCUCCUGCGUGACAUCACAACCAAAGACCCCGGGGUGCACACAGCUAGCCUGCUAAAUGGAGACGGACAGAGAAUCUCGUCCUGCACGUUCAUGGAGACGGUGAUGAAUAAAGAUUUUCAGCUGGUCAUCAACGACAUCACUCACAACGUACGCUCGCUUGGAGAAGGCUCGUCUCAUGAACACGUUCUGGGCGUGGACGACAUGAAGUACGUGGUCCGCCUCCUUCACGCCGCUCUGAAUCUCCCUCAGCAGCAGCACGCCAAACACAGCGAGCUUCUGAUGAAACAGGAAACGCUCCGACAGCAGCUGCAGCCGCUGGAGAACGUGAGGAUAAAGCUGGCGAAGGAGGCUGAGUCCAAGGCAUCAGUUCUCGGGUGGGUAGGGCUUGCCUACCUGUCCCUGCAGGGAGGAUUCCUGGCUUAUCUCACCUGGUAUGUGUUUGCCUGGGACGUGAUGGAACCUGUCACCUACUUCAUCACCUACACCACCAGCAUGAUCUUCUUCGGCUACUACAUCCUCACCAAACAGGACUUCAUCUGUCCGAAGGUUCACGAUCGUCAGUUCCUGCAUUUCUUCCACCGAUUGACUUCUCGACAGAAAUUCAACCUUCAAAAAUACAACGAGCUCAGAGAUGAGCUAGAAAAGGUGGAGGCUGAUCUCAGGAAGCUGAGGAGCGCCAUUCUUCGAGCGAAUGAACCAAAACCUCCUCAGAAAGUCGGCUGAGGUUGACUCUUUUCAUUGCUGUGACAGUAAAUGUAAAUUUUGC